AUGAGUGGGAGUCUGACCAUCACCAAAGGUGUGGAUUUUACCCCGGAGCUCCUUGACAGCAGUAGCACACAGUUCAAGGCUCUGGCCUAUGACACCAAGAAGCUGAUAUCCGAGGCCUUCAGUCAAAGCUCCCUCAAAGAUCAAUACGUGGGGUGUGACAUUCAGAGCUUCAGGCAGGGCAGUGUAGUGGUGACCUUUGCCCUCUCUCUGUGGGGAGUGGUUGGGACCACCGAGGCUCAGGAGCAACUGGUGAAGAGCCUGCAAAGUGGGGGGGUUGACAUGGGGGUGCUGGUCGUGGACCCCGACUCUGUGACAAUCUCAGGUAGGAUUGUGCCCCACCAGGCCACCACCACAGAAACCGGACCUUACUACGGCCAGACCAAGCAGCACCCCAUCUUUGACCACUACUCCAGAGAAACCGGACCUUACUACUGCCAGACCCAGCAGCACCCCAUCUUUGACCACUACUCCAGGUAUGGAGACCUCAUAGCAACUACCUGUGUGGCGCUGGCCCUGUGGUGUGACGGGGUGAAGGACUGUCCUGAUGGGAGCGAUGAGGAUGCCAAGCUCUGUGCAACACCCUGUGAUGGGCAGUUUGUCCUGCAGGGUCCAGCAGGAUCCUUCCAGUCAGAGAACUUUCCCCUGCCGUACGAGAACGAGAGAGAGUGUCGCUGGAUCAUACGGGUGGAGGAGGGACUGUCCAUAAAGGUGGACUUCCAGGCAUUCCACACUGAGCAGGACACUGAUGUUCUGACCCUGUAUGAGGGAAUCGGACCAAAGAAAAUGUCAACAUACGCUCUAUCAGGUUCCAUCCCUCCAGGGCCCCUAUGGCUGAUGUCGGACGAGGCCACUGCGGUCUUCUUCACGGACUAUGGUAACACCCUCCCUGGCUUCAACGCCACCUUCAGAGCCCAGGACCUCAGCACUCUCUCCAACGAACAGAAGGUCCGUUGCUCUUUCGAGGAUGGCAUGUGUUUCUGGAGGCAGGAGCCUGAGGAUGACGGGGACUGGAUCCGGGUCCAAGGGCCCACAUUCCCCCCCUCCACCGGCCCCAGCGCUGACCACACCCUGGGGAACGCGUCAGGCUUCUACGUGGUGACACCAUCAGGUUUUGGUAACUGGGAGAGGAGCUACAGACUGCACAGUCUUCCCCUUACACCCUCCAAAGAGCCUCUGUGUCUUAGCUUCUGGUACCACAUGUACGGACAGGAUGUGAGCAGGCUGAGUAUUUGGGUGAAGAACGGGUCCACUUCCUAUGAGCUCUUCCACAAGGAGGAUAAUUAUGGAGACCACUGGAACUAUGGCCAGAUCAGUCUCAACGUCAACUCAAACAUCACAGUGGUCUUUGAGGCCUGGAAAAGAACAAGCAGAGGAAAUGACAUAGCUCUGGAUGACAUCAGCCUCAGCAACGGAAUAUGUGAAGGAGGUCCACCUGAGCCCACUCCAGUGCCGACCCCAACCACUCCACCACCCAUACCACCUGACUGUGGGGGCCCCUAUGACCUGUGGGAGCCCAACUCUACAUUCUGCUCUCCAAACUACCCACAUGGCUACGGGAACAAGGCCUCCUGUGUUUGGAACCUGCAUGCUCAGGAAGGACGGAACAUCCAGCUGCACUUUUUUGCAGAUUUUGCCCUUGAGAGCAGUUAUGACAUCAUGGAGGUCAGAGAUGGACCAGAGCCUAAGUCGUCUGUACUGCUGGGUGUCUUCACUGGGGAACGUAGCUUCCCGGAUGUCUUCUCAACCACCAAUCAAAUCACUGUGAUGCUGUUCACGGACAGCUCGGGAAAUGACCGAGGUUUCUGCGCCAACUUCACCUCUGGCAUCCGACUGGGCCAGCCAGAGCCUUGUCCAUCUGGAGCAUUCCAGUGUAGCUCUGGGGAGUGUGUCUCUAGCAGCCGUGUGUGUAAUGGCGUGCGGGACUGUCCUGAUUCCUCUGACGAAACCCAGUGCGUCCACCUGCUGCCGGUGAGCUCUGUGAACAGUACAGGUGAGGCCAGACUGCAAGUUCAAGUGAACACCAGCCGGUACACUGCAUGUGCUCAGAACUGGACAUCAGAGCUGGCUCAGUACUUCUGCCGCUACCUGGGCUACAGGUCAGGAGAUGCCAGCUCUGUGUUAGCCAGAGAGGAGGACUCUCAGUUUAUCUCCAUUUCGCUGAGGCCUGAUGGUAGUCCACACCUGGAGCCCAGAGAUGCAUGCCCAGAGAAUGUGGUUGUGGCUUUGAGCUGCAAUAACCAACCUUGUGGCGUACGUAAGAUCUCCAACAAAACCAGAUCUGGCCCCUGGGAUGAUGGAGAGAUGAGAGAAAAAGAGAGAGAACAGAUAGAGGAGAGGACGGAAGAGAAGAAUAGCAAGGUGGUGGGUGGAGAGGACGCUGUGAAGGGGGCGUGGCCUUGGGUGGUGUCUCUUAGCUGGACGGGUCGUCAUGUGUGCGGAGCGUCACUGAUUGACAAGGAGUGGCUGCUUACGGCUGCACACUGUGUUUUCGGUAAGAAUGUGCACCUGUCUAACUGGGUCGCUGUGCUGGGCCUCCACUCCCAGUAUGGGAUGGACAACCAGGACCGGCAGAACCUCCAGGUGGACCAGAUCAUCAUGAAUGAACACUACAACCGGCGGACCAAACAGGCAGACAUCGCACUCAUGCACCUGAAGACACCUGCCAACUUCACAGACUAUGUGCAGCCUGUGUGUCUACCGCACAAGCAGCAGCAGUUUGAGUCUGGCAGGAAGUGUGUCAUCGCUGGCUGGGGGCGGCUGGAGGAAGGAGGUUCUGUGGCUGAUGUUCUGCAGCAGGCGGUGGUACCACUAGUGGACUGGGCCCAGUGUCAAGAGUGGCUGCCGGAGUACAACCUCACGGCCCAGAUGGUGUGCGCCGGGUUCCCUGAAGGAGGCGUGGACACCUGCCAGGGUGACUCUGGGGGCCCUCUUAUGUGCGAGGAGGAGGACGGCGGGUGGGUACUGGUGGGGGCCACCUCGUUUGGGGUGGGGUGCGCGCGCCCCGAGAGACCCUCAGUGUACGCUCGAGUGAGCGAAUUCAUUGACUGGGUGGUGGAGAUACGGCGUCAACACUCGCACUGGGAGGGAUGGAGGAACAGACUGGACAAGUAAGAUCCAAGACUGCACUGCAGCACUCCGAAAUCAUCAACUAUUCACUGUGUGGUGGUACAACACACAAUGACUAGUAAACUGAACGCUGCACUUAAAGAGCUCGGGACAGAAACAUAUCAGAACCAACAGAAGAGCAGGAGCUACAAUCUGAGCACCACAGUUAGGGAUGAAGAUGAAGGUCGAUACCAAGCCUGGCCAACACUACAGUGUGUAAACACUGAGGACUAACACACUGCACUGGAAGUGAAGAUUACACACUGAUGCAAACACUGCACUAGAUAAAAUGGAGUUAGGCAAUAAAAUGUGAAGACUAACUCAACAGUGCAAUGGAAAGACAAGAGAUCCAGACUCAGGACUGACCGCCGUAGAUUAACGACUGACGCAUAAACAUGAAAGGCCACAGACACAUCACCAUAUGACCUUCUUUUGUAAUGGGAAAAUCAGCAGACAGAUCUGUGAUCAAGAUGAUUGUACUUUAAUUUUGUGACAUAUGUAAAUGUAUAUUAAA